AUGAUGUCUGGGAUUUUCGAGUCAAAGAGAGGUUUUGUUAUCGGUUUUACCAGAAUUUUAGUAUAUUUUCUUCUUCUGGGUUGUCCUUCAGAGGGAUUGAAUUCGGACGGAAUAUACCUUUUGGAGUUAAAGAAAAGCAUUAAGGAUGAAUUCAACUAUUUGGGGAAUUGGAAUUCCAGUGAUCAAACACCAUGUGGAUGGAGUGGUGUAAAUUGCACAACAAAUUACUAUCCCGUGGUCUGGUCUCUCGAUUUGAAUUCGAUGAAUCUUUCAGGGACCUUAAGCCCUAGUGUUGGUGGUUUGGCCUUCCUAACUUAUCUCGAUGUAUCUUACAACGAGUUCACUGGAAAUAUUCCGAAGGAGAUUGGGAAUUGCUCGAGCUUGGAAAGUCUUUAUCUGAACAACAAUCUGCUUGAUGGGCAAAUUCCUGCUGAGUUGGGCAAGCUGUCUUAUCUAACAGAUUUGAAUUUGUGCAAUAAUGAGUUGUCUGGUCCUAUUCCAGAGGAGUUUGGAAACCUUUCUUCUUUGGUCGACUUUUUGGCAUACACAAACAAUCUUACGGGCCCAUUGCCUCGAAGUCUUGGAAACCUUAAAAAUUUGAAAACAUUUCGAGCAGGGGAGAAUACAAUUUCUGGAAGCUUACCUGCAGAAUUAGGUGGUUGUCUGAGCUUGGCAUAUCUUGGUCUUGCCCAAAAUAGCUUAGGAGGGAAUAUUCCCAAAGAGCUCGGCAUGCUUGGGAACUUGACGGAUCUAAUUCUUAUGAGGAAUGAGUUUUCUGGUUUUGUACCAAAGGAGCUUGGAAAUUGUACAAAACUGGUGACUCUUGCUUUGUACCAGAACAAUCUCGUUGGAGAAAUUCCCCUGGAAAUUGGAAACCUAAAGUUUUUGCAGAAGCUGUAUUUAUAUUGGAAUGCAUUGAAUGGAACUAUUCCAAAGGAGAUUGGGAAUCUUUCUGCAGCAAUUGAAAUUGAUUUCUCAGAGAAUUAUUUGACCGGAGAAAUUCCAAUUGAAUUCAGUCAAAUAAAGGGUCUAAGCUUACUCUUCCUGUUCCAGAAUCAGCUUACAGGUGUUAUACCCAAUGAGCUCAGCAGCUUGAAGAACUUGACGAAGCUUGACCUCUCGAUUAAUUAUCUCACUGGCCCUAUUCCCUAUGGAUUUCAAUAUCUAACCAAAAUGCUCCAGUUGCAGCUUUUCAAUAAUUCUCUUACUGGUAGUAUUCCGCAAGGACUUGGGCUUUCCGGUCCACUCUGGGUUGUUGAUUUUUCAGACAACUACCUAACUGGAAGAAUUCCUCCUCAUAUUUGUCAGCAUUCUAACUUGAUUCUGCUGAAUCUUGAAUCCAAUAAACUAUAUGGAAAUAUUCCGAAUGGGAUCUCAAAUUGCAAACCACUGGUGCAAUUUCGUCUGAGUGGAAACAGACUUACAGGGGGCUUUCCUGGUGAUUUGUGCAAUUUGAUGAACCUCUCCGCGGUUGAAUUGGGCCAGAACAAGUUCAAUGGUACUAUUCCUCCUGAGAUUGGAAACUGCCAAAAGUUACAAAGGCUUGAUCUCUCGGGAAAUUAUUUCAUGUCUGAGUUGCCAAAUGAGUUGGGAAAUUUGUCUCAGCUAGUAACUUUUAAUAUUUCAUCUAAUUUUCUUACCGGGAGGAUACCACCUGAAAUUCUUGACUGUAAGAUGCUUCAACGACUUGAUCUUAGCCGGAACAGCUUUGUAGAUGCUAUACCAAAUGAACUUGGAACCCUUUCUCAGCUGGAGCUUCUUUUGCUUUCAGACAAUAAAUUUUCUGGAAAUAUACCAGCAGCAUUGGGCAAUCUCUCCCAUUUGACUGAGUUGCAGAUAGGUGGAAAUUUUUUUUCUGGGGAAAUACCAUCAGAAUUGGGUUCUCUUACAAGUUUGCAGAUUGCAAUGAAUCUUAGCUACAAUAAUCUCUCUGGUAGAAUACCGCCUCAGCUUGGGAAUCUUAUUUUGCUAGAGUAUCUCCUGCUCAAUAACAAUCAUUUGAGUGGUGAAAUUCCUAGCACAUUUGGUAAUCUUUCAAGUUUACUGGGGUGCAACUUCUCAUACAAUGACCUCUCCGGUCCCUUGCCUCUUGUUCAAUUGUUUCAGAACAUGCCCAUCAGCAGCUUUAUUGGAAACAAAGGGCUUUGUGGUGGACCUCUAGGUGAUUGCAGAGCAACUUCAUCUUCCAAUUCAAUUCCACCUUCUGGGAGCAGUGUAGAUGCUACUCGGGGGAAAAUCAUCACAAUAGGUGCAAUUGUUGUGGGUGGAGUCUCUUCUAUUCUGAUUGCUGUUAUAUUAUAUUUCAUGAAGCGACGCCCAUCUGAGAUCAUUGCUUCUUUGCAAGAUAAAGAUAUAUCGUCUUCGGUUUCGGAUAUCUAUUUUCCUCCAAGAGAGGGAUUCAGUUUCCAAGAUCUGGUUGAGGCCACAAACAAUUUUCAUGACAGUUAUGUUGUAGGAAGGGGAGCUGUUGGGACAGUUUAUAAAGCAGUUAUGCAGUCUGGACAAACAAUUGCUAUUAAGAAGCUUGCUUCUAACAGAGAGGGAAACAACAUUGAGAACAGUUUUCGGGCUGAGAUUUUAACUCUGGGAAAUAUUAGGCAUCGUAACAUUAUGAAGCUAUAUGGAUUUUGCUAUCACCAGGGUUCCAAUCUACUUUUUUACGAGUACAUGACAAGAGGUAGCUUGGGUGAAUUGCUUCAUGGGGCAUCUAGUUGCUUGGAUUGGCCAGCACGCUUUAUAGUUGCUCUUGGGGCUGCUCAGGGUCUUGCUUAUUUACAUCAUGAUUGCAAACCAAAGAUCAUUCACCGGGAUAUUAAAUCUAACAAUAUUCUACUUGAUGAAAAAUUUGAGGCUCAUGUUGGUGAUUUUGGUUUGGCAAAGGUGAUUGACAUGCCUCAAUCCAAGUCCAUGUCUGCAGUAGCAGGUUCAUACGGAUACAUAGCCCCUGAAUAUGCAUAUACUAUGAAGGUCACGGAAAAAUGUGAUAUUUAUAGCUUUGGAGUUGUUCUAUUGGAGUUGCUCACUGGGAGAACACCUGUUCAGCCAUUAGAUCAAGGAGGCGAUCUUGUCUCUUGGGUAAGGAAUUAUGUUCGAGAUCAUUCGCUGACAUCUGGGGUAUUGGAUAGUCGAUUAAAUUUGAAAAGUGAGAGUACUAUCAAUCACAUGAUUUCUGUCUUAAAAAUUGCAUUGAUGUGCACGAGUAUGUCUCCCUAUGACCGGCCAUCAAUGCGGCAAGUUGUGCUAAUGCUGAUUGAGUCUAAUGAGCAAGAAGGGAAUUUCAUUUCAUCUCCUGUUCAUGAUCUUCCUCUAAAAGAUGAUUGCUCAUGAAAGUAUGUAUCAGUUCCCAGUUUUAUUAGCUGAUGGUUUUUUUUGUCUUCUUAGUGCUGAUUUUCCUUAUAUUAUUUAACACAAUUCAAAUGAUGUAAACCAUUGUGUACAUUUCUUACAAAGGAAAUAUCAUGUGUCAUAUAUAUUCUAGUAGGAGUCUCGGGCUAAUUGAUGAAGUUCUGAACUAAACACGAGACACAAAUACUGUGCUACUAGCUGCA